AUGGAGCCCCACGGCGAGACGGAUCUGGUCAGCUUUGCUUUUAGUAGUCCUACCCCGUUCGACCCAACUAGACCCAUCUAUCUGGAUGCCCAGAAUCCCUCGCGCGCGUUCAACGCCAGACAAUUCCGACUGCUGGUGCGGUCACUCAUUGCGGGGCUCAGAGCUCUGGGUCUAAAACCCGGACAUUGCGUCCUAGUGCAGCUCGAAAACACUGUCAUACACUCUGCUCUGUUCUUCGCCAUCGUCGGCGCCGGCGGGGUCUAUAUGGGCUGCGAUGUGGGCAGUCCCGCCCAUGAACUGACCCAUCUGCUGCGUCUCGCCGAGCCCCAGCUGGUGAUCACUGCUCCGGGUGCAUUAUCGACUCUGGAGGUGUGCAGCACGCAGGGAGAGAGCUUUUCAGGUCAAGUCCUUUUAGUGGAUGAGCUCUCGAUCGACAAUAUAGUCCAGUUUGCUCACCGUGCGGCGGCGGCGGGGGCGGAGGCGCAGACGGAAGGUCUGGUUGACCAAACGGCCGGCCCGUGUAUCCGCCUGGAGAGCCUGCUCCAGCACGGGGAGUCCGACUGGCUUCGUUUCGAAGAUCGUGAACAGAGUAAGAGGACGCCGGCUGCCAUGUUCUUAACCAGCGGCACCAGCGGGCUUCCCAAGGCCGCGAUUAGCACCCACCACACAAUCAUCUCCCACCAUCUGAGCGUCCACUACCGAGUGCCGUACCCCGUCGUCCGCCUGAUGGCCCUGCCCAUGUACCAUUCCUUUGGCGAUUUCUGGACCAACAUCUUCCCCAUCCGGUACGGCGAGCCCUUGUACGUUCUUCCGCGCUUCGACAUCUCCACUUUCCUGGACGCCGUCCGCCAGCACCACAUCUCGGAGACGUAUAUGGUCCCCGCCAUGGUGCAGAUUCUGAGCCAGUCCUCCCUGCCGGUGGCCGAGAGCCUGGCCUCCCUGCGCUACGUUGGGAUUUCGGGAGCCCCCAUCGACGGGUUCUCCAUCCAGCGAUUCCAGCGCCUCCUGUCGCCGGACGCCGUCGCAGGAAACCUGUGGGGGAUGACCGAGGUGGGAGUGGUGUUCCAGAAUCGCUACCGAGUGCCCUUGCAGUUCGGCAGCGUGGGGACUCUGCUGCACGGGUACGAGCUGCGCUUUGUUGAUCCGGCCACGGGCGAAGACGUCGCCGGCACGCCAGACUCUCCGGGGGAGUUAUAUGUUCGGGGGCCGGGGCUCCUCUUGGGGUAUAAAUGGCGGACCGAUGACAAAGACGAGCAGGGAUGGUUCCGUACGGGGGACAUGGUGUAUGCGCGAGACGGGAAUUACUAUAUCAUCGGGCGGACAAAGGAUCUCAUCAAAGUGCGAGGGCAAGUACCCGAUUCUCUCAAUUCCUGGACAUCCCAUUCAACUAACAGGUUGUGUGAUUCAAGGUACUCCGUUGCGCCAGCAGAGAUCGAAGGGAUUCUACUAAAAGACCCCGGUGUCAAGGACGCAGCUGUGAUCGGGGUCAUGCUCCCAGACGGCAGCAGCGAGGUCCCCCGAGCAUACGUCGUCCGUGCCGGCAUAUCUCCCGAGUCGACGGCGGAUCAAUUGACCGAUCUAGUCCAAACCCAGUUGGCCAGCUAUAAAGCUCUGGAUGGAGGUGUCGUCUUUGUGGACGAGAUCCCCCGGACGGGCAUCGGCAAGCCCCAUCGAGCGAGACUCUCACAGCUGGAUCGCGAACGGGAGAAGCUUGCCUCUAUUUUGGGUGUCUCUGUGCCUGCAUAG